CUAGUGCUACACCCAUAUCACUAUUAUUAGAGAAUUUACAGGGGUGAGAAGAUCCGGGAAACCUUAAGUUUCUUUGGGCGUUAGUUAUAAUACCCCUAUAUUUAUAAACUAUUCAGCCCAUAUCCCAACAUGGUGGUGGUCACAGCCGCGUCCGGCGGCACACACAAAGUGCUCCUGAUAUCUGGGAAACAGAGCGUUUCAUCCGGCGCAACACAGGGAAGCUUUAGCCGGUCAAUCUCGGUCGUUAUGCCGUCGUCUGCAAACCAAGCGUCGUCGGAUUCCGACUCCACUUCCUCCACGGGGCCUCCGUUGCGCAAAAGACAGCGACUCACACAUUUGAGCCCUGAAGAGAAACAGCUUCGCAGGAAACUGAAGAACAGAGUGGCAGCCCAGACCGCCAGAGACAGAAAAAAAGCCAAAAUGGGAGAAUUGGAACAGCAAGUUCUGGACUUGGAGAUAGAAAACGAGAAGCUUCACAUCGAGAACGAGCUUUUACGGGACAAGACGUGCGACCUCAUGAGCGAGAAUGAGGAUCUGAGACAAAGGCUAGGGCUGGACACUCUGGAGGUCAUGGACAAGGUCCAGGUGCUGGAGUCCAGUGGGAUGGAUGCAGGUUUGGAGACGGGGUCUUCUGAGUCCGCAGUACUCAGGCUACGUGUGUCCGCAGCAGGUGCAGGCCCACCUCUCCUACCUGAAGACGUCCCAAUGGAUCCAGCUGGUCCUGACGCUGCAGACUCUGAGUCUGAUCUCCUGUUGGGCAUUCUGGACAUCCUUGACCCAGAAUACUUCCUCCAGGGUGGUGGGGAGGAGCUCCAGGAGCAGGCACUGCUGCUGGGAGGAGGGGGGGCUCCAGUACCGGGCCCCGCACUUGCGCCUCUGGGGGCCGCACCAGUUAAGCUGGAGGCCCUUAAUGAACUGAUCCACUUUGACCACAUCUACACCAAGCCCGUGGAGGGCGUGUGCGAGGAAGGCGUGUGCGAGGAGAGCGUCACCGAGGUCAAGAUGGAGGAGGAGGUGCUGGUGGAGGAGGUGGUAGUGGUGGAGGUAGAGGAGGUGGAGGAGGAGGACGACGACGGUCGGAGCGUCAAGGAGGAGACGGAGGAGGUGGACAUCCCCGAGUCUCAGCCUGACGGCAGCGGGCUCUUCUCCGCCUCCCCCGCCCUCUGCGGCGGCUUCGACGAGGCGCCGUGCCUGGCGGAUGCCUACAGCGAUUCCGGAUACGAGCGGUCCCCUUCCCCUUUCAGCGACAUGUCCUCCCCCCUCUGCCCCGAGGGGUCAUGGGAUGAUGUGUUUGCCAACGAACUCUUUCCCCAGUUAAUCAGUGUGUGACCCCCCCCCAGCCCAUGAAUAUUGAUUCUCCUGCCAUUCAGUGUAGUAUUAAGUGACUACAGAACAUUUGCUUCAUAUUGAUGUAUAAGAAACUAUUUUACCGGUGAGUUCUCUCUAUAUCUCAAGAUUACUUUGUCCCUGGGAACAUUUCUCUUGGACACAAAGGCUUCAUAAAUACGUAUAAUCAGUGUAGUAAAGUACAGACUUGAGUGCAUUCAAGUAAAUGCAACACAGCCCCUAUUUCACCCUUCUUAUAUCCUGAGUUUAGGAGAUUCACUUGAGUGGAUGCUCGGGCUAAAGUUAAGAAAGUCAUCUCCACUAAUACAGCCGGACUGUACCAGGGGGUCAUCCUGCAUUGACUUGUGGGAGAAAGUUGUUGACAUUGUAAUUUUGGCAUAACUAAUUCUUCGUGGGGGGGUUUGUAGGAUUUCUAUUGUUUUGCUAGCAAAGACGAAAUGUGGGUGAAAAAUCCAGUAUUUUGUGUAAAUUGUCAAUUUUAAAGGGGAAUGGGACUGAUCGUUGAAAAUACAAAUUUUAUUUAUUUGUGUAUACCGCUUCGGAGUUCUCUGUAUGUAAUCUGCCUCAGCAUGUAAAAUGGCGUUCUCUACCUUUGGCCUUAGUGUCGCUCUCCUUGUAGCCAGUAAUCUCUGCAUUAAAAAACUUUUGCAUCGCA